CGAUUUUGACAUUAUUAACUUAGGAGAAUCGGGGCCCAGUGAUAUAGGGUGCAAAUUAUUGGCAUUUAUCGGGUUUCAAAAAAAUGAAUCAUUGUGCACGUCCUUAAAUACAAUGAGCUUUCAUCUUCUGUACCAGUAUGUCGAUUCUGGGUUCAGUCAUUGCUAGGGCAAUGGUUAAAUCGCUAUCGACGGCAAGACGAUUUCGCUGUUUAGUUUUUAUUAUAACCGUAGUUGAAAAACCUGUCUCUCAUAAAUAUGUGGUCGAAAAUGGAAUAAUUAUUCUUAAAGCAAGUGAAGCAAUUUUGAGAGUAACAAGAAAUUGUUUGAUCCAAAAUUUCUCUAAUGUCAAGAGAUGGAAGUCAUCUUUUAUGGUCAAGUCAGCCUUCAUUUCCAGAAAUUCAUCCUGAACAUCUUCAGGCAAAUCUGAGACCUCGAUAAUGGGUUUCUGGUCAUGCGCCAUAUUGGUGACUCGGAAUUAACAUCUCGAUAGUACCGGUAAAUUAGUUUUCCAAAUCCUUUGUGCUGAUGAACUACGAUUGCGUCUAGUAGGCGAAAGAUUAUGCAGCAACAUUCGUUCUUGAUAUACACGACGUCUUUUCAUUAUUAAUCCGUUUAUUUCGUACAUUAUCUCAUCACUUUCUUCUUUAGGGAAAUCUUUCAGCUGUUUUGCCAUAAGUUUACCAAACAAAUCGCUGUCCACAUCGUGAUUAUUGUCUUCUUUAUUGUUCUUAGAUUGCAAAGUGUUGAAUGCAGCGCUCACAUGCUUGCUGGCUUCUUGUAACUCCGGCAGGUUUUUUGAUCUACGUUUCUGUACACCUUGAGACUUCGGAAGAUUAUUGUUUUGUGAUAAAGGAAUGUUUCCUGAAUGACUUUCUCUACUCCAUCAUUAUCUUCCACAUCAUCGAGUUAUCUAAUGCCAGUUUCCUGACUUUUAUUGUCCCGGAAAAAAUAAUGUAAAAUUUAAAAGAAAAAUUUGUCGGGCAUCCAUCGAAAGUUAGUGAGAUAAUUUCAAUACCACAAUCCUGGGUUAAUAUUUCGAUACAAUUUGUUACUAAACUGGCCUUUUGUUCAGCGCUUAUCCCAUCGAUUAAAAAAUAUCCUAAUUAUUAGUUGGUAUUUUCCAGGAUCCAUUUACACACGUCAGCAUAAAAAUUAACGCAUCUUUAGCUAAUUGAUCGUUAUUAGCGUUAUUUCCAAAAUUACCAAAUUCUAUGCAAUCUUUGCCAUCAAAAUCUAAACCUUUUCUAAUUGCCAUUUCAUCAAAACUUAGGGCGCAUAUUGUUUUGUGUAACGUGCUUUUUUUUGUAUUUAUUUUUUGCUCGGUGGGAGGUGGACUGUAUUCAAUGGUUGCGGUAAACACCGAGAUAGACCGAAAAACUGGGCUUAAAUAAAGCAAUUGAAAGAAAUCAGGACAAAACGAGAGGGCGGCUCGCUGCGAGACGGCGCGAUGACAACUCAAAACAAAAGACGAACUUAAAAACAAAACAGCUAGUUAGCAGCCAUUGCUGUAAGGAGUUCGGUUAAUGCAUGCGAACCUCGCCCUCGUUGGUAAUUUAAUUUGUUAAAAGACAUUAAAAUAGUAUAACAAAAUCAUAGUACAAAUUAAAUAAAAAUGAAAACAACAAUAAACUAAUUACAUCGUUAACAUAUUUCAUGUAAAAAUUUGCCAGCUUUGAUAGAUUCUGUGGAAAAACCAGGAUUUCCAUCGAUGCAUUGGUACCAUCGCGAAAGUGUACGCGGAUGAGAUCUAUACAGAAAAAUGAGCGUCCAGCAGCUGGAAGCCCUCAUGGACUAUUUAGAGGGCCACCAAGAGCUUGCCCUCGGACGGUGCACACGCUCCAAAGAGGGGCGCAGUCUGGCGAAAAGGUUGUGGGAGUGCGCCACUAUGUUAAAUAAUGUUUCUGUAGACUGCGCCCAGAAAACAGGAGAGCAAUGGCGGAUGGUGAGUUGUUAUGUAUUAAAACGAUGGCAGAGAUGAUAGUUCAUGCAUACCUAUUAAUUAAAUGUAUUACAACAACUUAUGACUUGUUUUCAGUUCUACAACGAUUACAAGCACCGCCUGCUUAAAAAAAUUAAAAAAGAAAAAAUUGAAAGGAGCGCUACGGGUGAGGCAUUAAUAUAAUUGUACUUUUGUCAUUAUAUUUCUCUUUUAAUAUAUUGCCGAAAUAAGUGGCUUGUCUCCAAUUCAGGAGAGGCUAUAUGCAAUUUUGGGCCGAGAUGUGGAUGAACCCAUACCAGGAGUUCGGCACAACCCCUUUAUUAACUGAUGAAGUACCGGUGCUCAAUCUGGGAUUCAUUGAAAUGGAGGUAGAGCGGUUGAAUUCGGGGGCCUCAUAUAACACAAUCGAUAUAUUCGAUGAAUAUGUUGAUGAGGUCCCCGUAGAGACAGAGACUGCAAGCUCUAUGCUUGUACCGCCAGAGCCUGCAAGCUCUGUGCCGGUACCAACAGAGCCUGCAAGCUCUAUGCUUACCCAGCAGCAGCCAGAACAAGCUGCUCCGCGGCGACGUCGUCGUCGGCGGCGUCAAGAAAUGGAUGCUGAUCCUGACGAUCAAUCAACACUUCGCACUGCCACCGAUAUGCUGCAAAACAUUGAGGUGGCCAGUGCGAAUGCUACGAAUAGGCUUGCUGCAGCCAUAGAAACCCUUGCGGCAAGGCUUAGUGAGCCUAUUCGUAUAGUGCUGGAGCAGCCAGCAUCCACACCGAGACGACGUCGACAACGGGUACAUAGAAGGAACAGGAUUAUUAUUGAUUCAGAUAGUGAUUAAAUAUUAUUAAUCUAAAUAUUGUUGAUUAUUGUUAUAAUUGAUCUCUUAAUUUUUUACAUAUCAUUUUUAUUGCGUCUAGUAAAAUAAAUCAUUAAUAUAACUUUGGAUGAUCUCGUUAGUUUUUAAUGUAAAUUUAAAUAUUGUUGAUUUUUAUGACAUGUUGUGAUUGAUCUCUAUAUUAUUUUUUAUUACCUUUAGUUAUUCGUAAAAUAAAUCAUUUAUAUUUAUAUAACUUUGA